UCUCACGCGGAUAAAAACUCAAGAGCUUCCUCUUCAAUUCCAUCUCCAUCAACAUUUUCAGACCAAUCUCCUCUUCUCUACUCUUUCUCCCCAUUCCACUUCCAAUUCUCACUACCAUAUUCAUACACUUUCAAAACCAAUCAUUCUUCUAUUUAGCACUUUCUCCCAUCAACAUAUAUAUCUAGCUUUUUCUCCUUUGGAAUUUUCCUUCUAGAUAGGAAACUUCUAAUGUAUUUUGCUCUUUUCUGCUGAAAACGCCAUUUCAGUGCCUCAAAAACAGAAAGUGAAAGAAACAAAGAAAGAAAGAAAGAAAGAAUUCCACCUUUUUGUCCUCUUUGUAACUUCUCCUCCUUAGUGGUUACUACUUUUUGCCGUUUCACAUCUUCAAAAGCUAAAUUAACAAACAACCCCAUUUUUCUCAACACCUCAAUUUCCUAGAUCUUUGCAUACUUAUUAUCCCUUCACUUCAUAGCUUCUUUCUCAUUUCCCUUAAAAGGUUACAACUUUGUUUCCAAAUUAGUCCAAACCAAAUUUCAUUUUCAACACAAAACAAAGAAAAAGGUGUUGCUUUUAAAGCAUUAUAGAUUGAGUUCAUAUUUCUCUUCCCAAAAGGCCUCACCCUCCAAAGUUUCCAGCUUUGUGCUCAAUCAAUCCAAUCCCAAAACCCCAUUUCAUUUUCCAACAAAAUCAUCACACAAAAAUACAACUUUUUGGAACAUUCCCAAUUAUGCAAGAUCCAACAACAGUAUUCCAAAUCCAACAAGCCUUGUUGAAACAACCACACUUCCCAGAACAAGAACAACAACUAAAGUGUCCAAGGUGUGAAUCCACAAACACCAAGUUCUGUUACUACAACAACUACAACCUCUCUCAGCCACGCCAUUACUGCAAGAAUUGCAGAAGGUAUUGGACCAAAGGUGGCGCCUUGAGGAACAUACCCGUUGGUGGUGGAACCAGAAAGACCCACAAACGUUCUUCUUCAUCUUCUUCAUCUUCCACUUCAAAUUCAUCCAUCAAACGCCCUUCAUCAUCAUCAUCAUCACAACAAGCCAAUUCUAUUACUACUAAUAGUAAUAAUAGCGUUAUUUGUUCCGGGUCUUAUUCGACCCGGACUUGCACCGACCCGGUUGGUCAAGAUCAGAGGGUGUUGAACAUUGGUGGUAGCUUUAGUUCACUAUUGGGAACAGAUGGACCUUUUGGGGGGAUUUUAGAGGGUGUAAAUUCAAAUGGGUCAGAGCUGAAAAUUGGUGAAUUUGGUGGUGGGAUUGGGAAUGUGGGUUCUGGAUUGGUCGCGAAUCCGAAUUCAGGUCGAAACCCGGGUUUGGAUAUUCAGAAUAAUGGUGAUUCAAGCUAUUGGAAUAAUGGUGGUGGUCAUGGUUGGUCUGAUCUUGCAAUAUACACACCUGGGUCAAGCUUUCAGUAGAAGCAGAAUUGAAAGAGAGAAAGAAGAUAUAAAAAAAAGUUUGAGCCUUAUAUGGCUUAAUCAGGGUUUCUUGGUUGUGUUUGAUUAGUGUUAUAUAAUUUUAAUACAGAUACUAUGGUUAUUUUUUAAAAGGGUUAUAUUAUAUGGUUUUGGUCAAGAUUAUGGUUAUGGUUGGUUGGCAUCAUGCUGUGGAGGAUCAUAAUUCAGGAGGUUACUAAAGUAGCAUCCUCUAGGUAAUGGUCUUUUUCUUUUCUUUUCUUUUCUUUUUUACUUUUGUUUUAUUUUGGCAUGGUUGUGAUUUGUGAUGCUAAAAUAUAUGAAUUGUGGAAAGUGAAAAGGAAAUGGUAUAGAGCAGUAAUUAAUUUUUUCUUCA